UGCAGAGAUCAGUUACCGGCUGCAGACGGCGCGGUGCUCGGUGCGGCAGCUGCUGCUCCACUACCUGCUUCCCUGGCUCUACAACAUGGAGCUGGUCGACCCCAGCACGCCGUCUGCCCCGCCCUCCACCUCCUACUGCCAGUAUUACGGUGACAACGGUGACGGGUCGGCCGGGGUCAGGCGAGAGGGCUGGGGGUCCGCCGAGGCUACGGAGAUGGUCCUCAACAACCUCUUCUACAUCACCGCUAAGCUGGGCGAGGACCACCCCAAGGAGGUGGAGGAGCUGUGGGCGGCGUUGUGUACGUGUUGGCCCAACAAUCUCAAGGUUAUCAUCAGGUAUCUCUUCAUCAUCACCGGGAUGGCCGCCGCUGAACUCCUGCCGUAUUUAAUGUG